CCGCAACCAUUUAUACACGCAAGCAAUGUAAGUCCCGAACAUUCUCGAAUACGCGUAGAAAAUUCCAGAGCGCCAAAGGCGACGUCAUGUCUGGAGCAUUUCCGGUACAAUAUAGCACAGUCCUUUCGAUAGGAAUAAUGUCCCGCCAUCGCAUAUCAGAGGACAGGGAGAAACAAUCAGUCGAAAUAUCGGACGAAGACAACGAUGGCAGUUUACCUCAAUCGUACGUCGUAAUGAGAUUUGAUAAAAAUAUACCUGAUGCGACACUAGAAUGGAUAGUUGACAAGAUCCACACGUUAAGAACGAACGGUGGCGGCGAACUUCUGGUAUUAAAGCAGCCUUACAAAGAAUCCGAGGGCGUCGUCCUUCACAUAUCUGCGUCGACGAUAAAAUUCCUCGAAGCCGCAGAGGAAAUGGAAAUAAUGAAAUGCGACAAAAACGGAGUACGUCGCGAAUUUACGGUGAGUAGUUUGGAGGACUUCUUGCCGGACGGAAUGCACGUCGACGAUUUUCUGACGACCGCUGAAAAACAGAAGAUCAUAAAACACGAAUUGGAAAAUAUUCGUGCUCUUCCGGUGGAAGGCUGUAUUCCCGGAUAUCCACAGUAUACGUUAUACGAAGGGCAAUCGAUACUUCAUGUGUGUCUUGUAGAACAUCUUAUUAAAGCUAUAUAUCCCCUGCACGAUGUUGAAAGUUUGAAGAAAUUAGGGAAACGCUGGUACGCGACCCUGUUCGACCCCCAACCUCUGGAGGAAAUAAGGUUAUAUUUCGGAGAAGCUAUCGCACUUUAUUUUGCUUUUUUGGGAUUCUACACGGCAGCCCUGGUCUUCCCUACGUUUCUCGGUUUCCUGCAGCUUUUCGUCUCGCACGAGACCGUUCCGUUCUUUUGCGUCUUCAACGUGGUAUGGGUCACGGUAUUGCUCGAGUUGUGGCGAAGGAGGUCUAACGAGCUUGCUUUUCAAUGGGGAACAAUCGGCAUGACAAGUUUGGAUGAGCCCAGGGGGAACUUUCACGGACGUAUGGGAAAGGAUGCAGUUACGGGUCGAAUUCAACCCCAAUAUCCGCGAUGGAAAACCACCGCCAAAUUGUACUUUGUCUCAAUCCCCAUCGUUAUAGCUUGCAUGCUGUUCGCAUCAGUGUUUAUGUUGGCAUUAUUUUGGGUGGAAGAUUACAUGAAAGAUUUAGGAACGCCGUUAGCCGAGCAGCUGAUGAAUUUGCCAAGUAUUAUUUAUUCCAUAUUGGUGUUCAUUAUAAACGUUAAGUAUAAAACAUUGGCAACGUACUUAACGAACUGGGAAAAUCAUCGUACAGCAUCGCAAUUUGAUCGUCACCGUGUGAUUAAAUUGAUAAUGUUUGAAUUUGUUAAUACCUUCAUGUCUCUGUUUUACAUAGCUUUUGUGAAACAAGACCUUGAGAUACUAAAAACCCAACUGGCUACUAUGUUGAUCGUUCAACAAGCGAUCAAUAAUAUUCAAGAGGUUUUAAUUCCUCUCUUUAUUAAAAAGUACACGCAAAGAACACAACAGAACAUAAGCGUCAGCAAGGAAGUUGAAGACAAAUGUGAAAACAUCAAUUCCCGUGAAAUUUUAAAGCACAUCCCUGAAAUUCGUAGUGAUGACACUCGCAUAGCGGAAGCCGAAAAGGAGGACCUCAUGGACGUUUACGAAGAGACUUAUGACGAUUAUUUAGAAAUGUACAUUCAAUUCGGUUACGUAGUGCUAUUUUCUUCUGUGUAUCCUUUGGCAGCGUUCUGGGCCGUCGUAAAUAACUUUGUGGAAAUCAGAUCCGAUGCUUUUAAACUAUGCAAGUUCAAUCGACGCCCUUUCUCCAAAAAAGUGAAAGAUAUAGGUGCCUGGCAGAAAGCCUUCGAGGUCGUCGGCGGGCUCUCCAUCUUAACGAACUGCGGUUUGAUGUUCAUAAGCUUUCACCAACGCAAAGACGCAUACUUCUUUGACCAAUUGCAAUGGCUCGUCAUGUUUGUGGCACUGGAGCAUUGCUUGUUGGGUAUACGUUACCUGUUACACAUCGCAAUUCAAGACAAACCGGAGUGGGUGCGAGUCGCUCUUGCUAAAAAAUACCACGCGUCGAAGCAGGCGUUGAAGAAUGAGCAAUUAUUGAAGAAUCGCGGAAUUCUUGCAAGAAAAUUCAAGACAGUCUCUUCGCGACCAUUUAAAAGCUAACAAGGACCCUUUUACGCUUACGGCUCUAUCACUGCUUGUUAAAUAGUCCUUUAUUUAUUUAUUGCAUUCAAGGACACCGUUGUUGAUAUUACUGAUACUUAAUAACUUGUUAAUAAACUUUUUAUAGUUCUAA